AUGCCACCCACAAUUGUCUUCAUCACCGGAACCAACCGCGGUAUAGGAAAGGGUAUACUGGAGCUCUACCUGAAGAAGCCCAACCAUACCGUCAUUGCGGCAAACCGAGACCCCAACCACCCGACUUCCACGGCUCUCGCGGAUCUCCCGAAAGCAGAGGGUACCACAUUACUAAUUGUCAAGCACGAAGCCACCUCUCCAACCGACUCAGCUGCUGCCGUGAAGGAGCUAUUAGCCCAGGGCAUUUCCCACAUCGACAUCCUCAUCGCAAACGCCGCUAUCGCUCUUUGCUGGCCCAAGGUGUCCGAGGUGAAGGUUGAGGAUAUUCAGAAGCAUGUCGAUGUCAAUGUUUACGGGUUCAUCCGUCUCUAUCAAGCUUUUCGACCUCUUCUUCAGGAGGCCAGGGAUCCGAAAUGGGUGACGAUUGGGUCAAAUGCUGGGAACUUUGGACCUUUCCCAAACGCGGCAUACGCUCCCAGUAAAGUGGUUCAACACUGGUACACUAGGUCUAUCUCGGCUGAAGACCCAUGGCUAACGGCUUUUCCCAUUGAUCCUGGUUGGGUGCAAACGGAUCUUGGCCAGCGCGGGGCUGAUUGGUUUGGAGUUGAUCGGACUGCUGCGAUUACAGUGGAAGAAAGUGUUACGGGUGUGGUUAAGGUAAUCGACGCUUCUACACGAGAAACUCACAGUGGGAAGUUGACUAGAUAUAAUGGUAAGGAAGAGCCAUGGUGA